AUGUUCGAGACCAUAACUAAUUACGCACUUAACAAUUCGCUUCAUGGUCGUGAAAGACAGGCUGUCAAGGCACAUAGGACGACUGAAAAAUUGGAUUUGAUCCCAUAUUUUGAUUAUCUCCUUAAUCAAAUUAGCAUUGUUCGUGCUCCUCUUCGUUCCUACCGAAAAUUCCUUGAAAACUACCAGAGUUACAUCAAGUUGUCUUAUCGUGAAAAAGUUGAAAAAGGUUCAGAAAACUGUCCUUUAAAUAACCUUAUUGCUUUACAACAACUUUGUGGAAACAUUCAACUUGCCUUUGCUGAUGAAGUUGGAACUUUUAUUCGAUUAUUAAAAGACUGGGAAAACCAGUGUGAUCAGAUUAUGAAGGCAAAGCACGACCUUCAGAAAGCUCAAAUCCAGAAGGAUAAGGAUAGGCAACGUGGCAACGAAGUGUACAAAGCCUCAGAAAUUGCGUAUCUUAACCAGAGGGAUGAGCUUUAUAAAUUACUGGGUCGUUUCCAUUCCACUGAGCUCGAAAAUCGUAAAAAAACGAAGGAAUUUCAGAUGAAACAAGCCUUUUUUCUGCAUAAUUGUGCCUCUCAAUUUGAAGGAAGCGAUCCAAACUCUCAAACCCCCUCAAUUCCCUCUCCUCGGUUCUUCGGAGCGCCCUUAGAAGGUCAGUUAAACGCGGACGGCUAUUCAAUAGUCAUGCGAAGUGCUAUUGACUAUCUUACAAAAACCAAGGCUUUUGCUCAGGAGGGCAUCUUCCGGGUUCCAGGACAAGUCAGUCGUAUCAACUUGUUGAAGGAUGCCUUCGAGCAAAACUUGGCAGAUGAAAAGCUCUUUGAGCACUGCACAGUCUUCGAAGUAGCUGAUGUUAUGAAACAAUUCUUACGUGACUUACCGGAUCCCAUUCUUACCAUUGACUUACUAAAAAACUGGCCUUCUGAAGUUAACAUUGGUGUUGAGGGCAUAUCUCUCUCGUAUGGCCUCAAACAGCAGCCGGUUAUCCAUAUGCUGUACUUAGACAAGACGAGUUGCUCCGUAACUGCUCUCAUUCACCCCAGCGUAGAAACCAUCAAAUCCCUUGUAAAGGAGUACGUUCCUGAGCCAAGACGACGAAAUCUCUUUCUCCUUCUUACCUUUCUUUCCAAAGUCGUGGAGCAUCAAUCCACCUCAAAAAUGACCUCAGAAAAUCUCGCUGUCACAUUGUGGAUGAGUUUCCGCAGUAAGGGGGAUGCAAAAAAUGUUCCAUUUGUGGUCCAAUGCCUCAUUAACAAUGCAAAGUCUCUCAUUGAGGGUGAAAAGGAAGCGACGCUUUUUUCUCCAGCUACGCCUGCUACUCCUCGUGUUGGCAAAAGGAAUGCACCACCUCGUCCAAAAACUCCACCUCAAACAAUGAGUUACAGGUCCCAACAGUCUAUUAACGAGACUUCCAUUCCUCCGGCAGCAGUAGUAGCUCCCAGAAACUCAGCUCCUCAAAUGAUGACAAGCUUCAGCAACAAUGAACAGCGCUCUAAAUCUGACGUGGACCCAGUCCAAGUGCCCCGGAAAACAUCUCCAACGCCCAUUUCCAUUGAACAGCCAGAGGUUUCCACCGAAAAGGAAGCAUCUGUAUAUCCUCCUUCAUCUUCUUGUGAAAAUAGUGAGAACUUGAAAAUGAACAAGGACUCUGCUGAUCAGCAAAAUGAAACUGAAGAAUCAGAAGUAAAUAUUACCCCGGAAUCAGAAAGAAUACCCACGCAAUCUUCCCCAGAGAAAUCAUCUCGUAAAUCAUCUCCGGACGGAAACGUGAAGAAGGAGGAACAUAGAAUGUCAAAUGUUUCGAAAACUCACAAGAAAGAAAAGCUAGAAUUUGAUCCCGAGGAAGACGAGGAGGAGGAAAAGUCGACAAAUGCUUCUCCAAAAGAGCGACAUACCACCGUGGAAGAGGGGGCCACAGAGAAACGAGAUAAAGACAGCAAUGGAUCUGUGCGUAAGGAUCCUAGCAGCCAUAGAUCUUCGUCUGGCUCAGUUCCUCCAAGACCUACCAGUUCGCCAAAGAGGUCAUCGAUGUUUUGA